CAGCACAGGAUCAUCCGGCUGCUGCCAACAGAGAGAAGCUGACAUCUGAAACCGAUGCUGCCUGCAGUCUGAAGAACUGUUAGCGACCACAAAUGAACACCCAUCGGACAUUCAUCAACGUACCAAACAGACAAAUGAGGAGAACCUCAGAUUGAGCUGUAAAUGUAUCGACAUCAGAGAGCUCAGUAUGAAGAAGUCGGUCCGGCCAGCCGUGGGUAAGGUGAGCGGAGACCGAGGGAAGGCAGAGACUGCGGCUAACACUGGGACCGGAAAGCCUACAGCCAAGACCAGCACCACUGCACCUCUGUCUAAGGUGAAAAGCAACGAUGAUCUUUUAGCAGCUAUGGCUGGAGGGAAUCCUGCAUCAAGUAAUGCUGUCAGCAAGACCAAGAGGACUGCCUCUGUUGGUACAAAUGCUAGCAACAUCGACAGCAAGCCAAAGUCAACAUCAGGUACUUCAUCCAAGCGUACAACAUCUUCGAUUUCCAAGGAGACAAAUUCAUCACGAGAACGUCUCCGGACAUCCAGGACCUCAGCCAACAAGAAGCAGGCGGUAUCAGGGACUGUAGCGGGGGACGGAGCCUCAUGGAAGCGAUCCCGCAGCCAGAUCCUGUCGGAGUCUGAUGGCCGUAUGAGCAAGUCUAAGUCAGACGGCCAGAUCAGUGAUAAGGUGGCUCUGGAGACCAAAGUGAAAGACCUGUUGGGACUGGCUAAAAGCAAAGACGUGGAGAUCCUUCACCUUCGCAGUGAGCUGAGGGACAUGAGGGCCCAGCUUGGUUUGGGAGGGAAGGAAGCACCACAGCAGGAAGAAGCUGAGGAGGUGGAGAAGCCCCAGGUUUCAGCCAUCACAGCAGCCGAUGUGGAGUCCACUCUCAUUCUCUUACAAGAGCAGAACCAGGCCAUCAGAGAGGAGCUCAACAUGCUAAAGAGUGAGAACCGAAUGCUAAAAGACCGGCUCAAUGCGCUGGGCUUCUCUCUGGAGCAGAGGCUGGAUGCUUCUGACAGGCUGUUUAACUACGCCUCCCUGAGCCCGGACCUGGCAGUGAGCAGUUGUCAGAGCGAUGGCGGGGGAACAGGCACGCUUACCUCCUCAGUAGAAGGCUCGGCCCCCGGCUCCUUGGAGGAUCUGCUCACAGGUCAGCAGCAUGGAGGCUCGGCAGACAACCUGGACAGUGAGUCUAGCGAGGUCUACCAGGCCGUCACCUCCAGUGACGAUGCUCUGGACGCUCCUUCUGGAGCUUCCUCAUCUUCUGAAUCGGAGUGCGCACCCAGCAGGGAGCACUCACGGAGGGGCAGCAGUGGCAAUGCUAGCGAGGUGUCCGUGGCCUGUCUGACGGAGCGCAUCCACCAGAUGGAAGAGAACCAGCACAGCACUGCUGAGGAGCUCCAGGCCACAUUACAGGAGCUGGCUGACCUGCAGCAAAUCACCCAGGAGCUGAAUGGAGAGAACGAGCGGCUAGGUGAAGAGAAGGUGAUCCUCAUGGACUCCCUGUGCCAGCAGAGCGACAAGCUGGAGCUUUACGGCCGACAGAUCGAGUACCUGCGCUCACUGCUGGAAGAGCAUCAUAUAUCGUACGGACUGGAGGAGGACAUCAAGAGUGGCCGCUACAUGGAGCUGGAGCAGCGAUAUGGAGACCUGGCAGAUAAUGCCCGCUUUGAGAGAGAGCAGCUGCUAGGGGUUCAACAACACCUGUCCAACACACUGAAGAUGGCCGAGCAGGACAACGCUGAGGCCCAGGAGAUGAUCGGAGCGCUGAAAGAGAGAAACCAUCAGAUGGAGCGCAUCAUGGAGUCAGAGAGACAGGGGCGAGCUGCCAUGGGGGCCGCACUUGAAGAGUACAAGGCAGCAGUGAGCAGUGACCAGGCGGAGCUGAGCCACUGCAGAGCACAGCUGGACCAGGAGAGGCAGAGGGUGGCCGAGCUGUACUCUCUUCACACCGCGGGGGACAAAAAUGACAUCUGCCAGCUGCUGGAAGGAGUACGUCUGGGGAAAGAGGAGGCAGAGGCUAAGGCAGCGAAGUUGCAGAAGGAGCUGGAACAAGCCCACAGUGAACUCACAAGGCUGCAGGAGACUUUUAGUAAGCUGGACAGGGAGUACAGAGACUUCCAGGAGCAGGUGCAGCAGCAGAUGGCCGAGCAGGAGCGCGUACUGGAGAAGCAGCGCAUGGAACUGCAGGAGAAAGAGACUGAGAUCGCAGACAUGAAGGAAACCAUCUUUGAGCUGGAGGAUGAGGUGGAGCAGCACCGCGCUCUGAAACUACACGACAACCUCAUCAUCACGGACCUCGAGAACUCUGUGAAGAAGCUGCAGGACCAGAAGCACGACAUGGAGAGAGAGAUUAAGAUUCUUCACCGCAGACUGAGGGAGGAGUCGAUGGAGUGGCGUCAGUUCCAGGCUGAUCUGCAGACAGCUGUUGUCAUUGCUAAUGACAUCAAGUCGGAAGCCCAGGAGGAGAUCGGAGACCUGCGGCGCCGGCUGCAGGAAACCCAGGAGAAAAACGAGAAGCUGUGCAAAGAACUGGAUGAGGUCAAGAGCCGCAAGCAGGACGAGGAGAGAGGCAGAGUGUAUAACUACAUGAAUGCAGUGGAGCGGGACCUGGCUGCUCUCAGACAGGGAAUGGGUCUCAGCAGGCGAUCCUCCACCUCCUCAGAGCCCUCGCCCACCGUCAAAACACUCAUCAAGAGCUUCGACAGCGCCUCACAAGGUCCACCUUCCAAUGGCACUGCCACUGUGACUCCAACAGCCUCGGCUGCUCCGAUACCACGCACACCCCUCAGCCCCAGCCCCAUGAAGACACCACCAGCAGCUGCUGUUUCACCCAUACAGAGACACUCCAUAAGUGGCUCCAUGUCGGCAGCCAAGCCGCUCUCCUCUCUGAGUGAUAAGAGGCCCAGCUACACAGACAUCACCAUGCCAGCUGAGCACCUUCUCAGGGGAACCACGGCCAGCCGACCUCCGUCUGUCCUCCAGAGGGUCUCCAACAUGGACUCCACCAAGGCAAUCUCAGUGUCCCGCCGGAGCAGUGAGGAGAUAAAGAGGGACAUGUCUGCUCCAGACGCCUCCUCAAACUCCCUGAUGACGAUGAGUGCCGCCUCCUCCCCUCUUUCCCUGUCCUCCUCCUCCCCCACAGCCUCCAUCACCCCCACAGCACGCAGCCGUCUAAGAGAAGAGAGGAAAGACCCGCUGUCAGCCCUGGCCAGAGAGUAUGGAGGCUCCAAGAGGAAUGCUCUGCUGAAGUGGUGCCAGAAGAAGACUGAGGGUUAUCAGAACAUUGAUAUCACAAACUUCAGCAGCAGCUGGAACGAUGGCCUGGCCUUCUGCGCUGUGCUCCACACCUACCUGCCUGCACACAUCCCCUACCAGGAGCUCACCAGCCAGGAGAAGAGGAGAAACUUCACCUUAGCUUUCCAGGCUGCAGAGAGUGUGGGCAUCAAAUGCUCUUUGGAUAUAAAUGAGAUGGUGCACACAGAGAGGCCAGACUGGCAGAGUGUCAUGACUUAUGUCACAGCCAUAUACAAGUACUUUGAGACCUGACUCCACCAUGUCACCCACCCUUCUCCUGCAGCACAAUCAGAACUACGCCAGCCCUCCUGAGCUCUCAGCAACCUCUCAACACCACGGGCAACUGUUAUACCUCACUGAGCCCCUCCCCCUCACCACAGCAACACCCAAUCACGCUGCAUGUCGGUCCUCAGUAUUUAGCAACACUAAAGGCAGACCAGAACCUCACUGGACUCGCACAUAGCUGCUCCAUUUUUCCAGUGCAGUGUAAAAGGCGAUUUGUGUACUGUUGUAGUCCAAGGGCUUUCCUGUAUAUCUACUGUUACACUAUACACUAGUAAGCCAUGAGAAGGAACUCUUGUGAGAGCCUGGUGAACCAAGUAUGAACUGACCAGCAAUGAAAUCCCAUAAAUCAUCUUUGCCUUCAGUUCAUGUCUGAAGGAGCAGCAUGAAAAAGAACCAAGUCUCAGUGCCUUCUACCUGGCUUUUCUUGGCAAAUAAAUCUUUCACCGUUAACUCAGUUUCAGCGUGUUUAAGGGGAAUUACUGCAAAUCUGACUUUCAUCACGCUACUUUACAAAAGUAGUGUUUUUUUGUUUUGUUGGUUCUGAAUCUUUGGACACUACUACAGAAUAAUGAACCAAAUGUCAGUGAUGUUGGAAUUCCCCCGCAGCCCUGAAUUUCCCUUUUGAAAGGAAGUCAGACAGACGCAGCCUUUUUGCACCAAGUCUUCCAGAUGUUACAGUUCGAUUCAGAUGCCUGUCUUUCAAUGGAAAAAGUGCCUGUGUGAGUUUUGAUGCAGGAGACCAGGAUAUGAGCUCUAUUCAUGGGCGUAUUUCACUCCAAUUUGUAAAGCUGAAGAUUUGAGGAGUCGUUGCCAAAUAUGUUCCAGAGCCUUUCGAUUGUUGAUUUGUGAUUGGUCAUCAGGACAGAGUGAUGCUGUAGAUAGCUUCUACAUCAGCACCAGCUCAUGACUGACUGCUUGCUUUCCAAGCACAGAAAUAUGCUACGUUCUACGACACUACUACACACUUGUUCAGCAGUGCUAACACUUGAUGGUUUUUCACUAAAAGAUUCAUGAAAGUGGACUAACGUUCAGUUGAUGUGUAUGUAGUUGCUAAUGUGAGUGUCUACCGUUUGUAGGCCUGCAUAUGUCAUCUUACACUUAGACUUCUUUCAUUAAGCACAUACAGCAUCAUUUCAUCAUAACCAAAAUAUGAAUGAGUAGAGAGACACACUUUGCAGGUCAAUGCAGCGUCUCAAUAAAGGAAUAGUUCAACUUCUUGGGAAAUACACUAAGGCUUGUUCAGAUCUGUUUGUGGCUAUAUCCAGAGAUCUGGAUUUCUAACAUCUGUCUCAGUCUGGACGCUCCCAGUGUGGACCUCUUUGACACCAGUGUAGCCACAAAGUUCUUGACGCCUACGUCAUUACUACAGCAACCAAAGACACUCUAUAACAACAAGACGACCCUUUCAACCUGUGCCAAUAGUAUGAAAUGGUAUACACUUCCUGUCUGAGAUGUGAAACGUAUUUGCCUGCAGUCUGAACGUAGCCAUAUUCACUUACUUGCAGUUAGAUGAGAAGACUGAUAUUACUUUCAUGUUCCUGUACAGUAAAUAUGAAGCUAGAACCAGGAGCUAUUAAGUUUAACUUGGCAAAAAGGUUGGAAAAAGAUAGCUUGGCUCAAUCAAUUAAUCUUCUUAUCUUACCCUUUCCCUGAAUGACAAACUAUUCCUUUAACUUAACCAUUAUUUUUAGGACAAAAUAUGCACAAGUGAUCGGACAAUUCAUUGUGCCAUUGACUUAUUGUUUGUGUUAAUGCUAUGUUAAACUGGUCGGUUUCUAGUAUGACUAACCAUUAUCAUAGGCAUACUUUGUAGCACACAGUGGCAUUUAAUUUGUGUGAUUUCAGUCAGCAACAUUAAUGUUGUGCUUAACCCUUCAAGUCCCCCAUUUAGUGUUGAAAGCUCUAUGCAAACCUUUAAUCAGUGGUUUGUAACACAUUAUAAUGCAGUUGUAAGCAGUUUUAAGAACAUAUUUAAAUAUUUAUUAAUGUAUAGCGUUUGUUAGAAAUUUCAGACUUAUUUUAAAUUAUUACGACUUUGUUUCACUAUAUUGUCAUUCAUUUUUUAAUGCAGCACCUCCACUUAUGGGUUAUAGUUGUGGACAACUACAUUAAUAAGCACUUAAAUCUGCUUACAAUUACAUAAUAAUGAAUUAUAAAGCAUUUUUGAAAUGUUUAUUUACUGCUUAGACAUGCUAAAUAGGGGGCUUUAAAGUAAAGUGUUAGCAUGUUAAGCUGUCUGACUGCUGUGUGUUUAUCGUGCCUCAACAUACCAAGUUCACUGUAUUUAUUUGCAUGGUUUCCAAUCGCAGUGAGGUCAUUGCUUUAUUUGUGUGUUUGAAGUGUACAUGAAUUUAUUACACAUACAGUAAGUAGCUGCACUGAGAUAAGCUUUUUGUAUUGCGCACUAAUUUCCUGCCUUAACAGUUCAGCCGAGGCUUCUGCAAGUGAAACUGUGACAUUUCAAAUGGCGGUUGUCUUUGCCCACCGGGGACGGGUGGCAGUGUGGAAAUGGUAACUAAAACAAGGUGUUUCUUGUUUGUGCCUCUUGAGGAACACUUAUAGAUUCUGGUAAAGGUGACUACACACUGUUUUGAUUUGGAUCAGACGAAGCUGCCAGCUGGAAUCAAUAGCAACACCAGAAACAACAUUUUGUCUCGAUCUAGAAGCACAUCCUGCCGUACCGUUUGCCAAGCCACAUAACCACAAUGUGUACAGCUGCAUUAGACAUUCAGCGAUUUAAAGUUAGCACAACUGCCUGCAACAAUGACAGUUUCAUUUUUGUGUUCAAGAGAGAGUGCAAGUGAGUUAUUUAAUGACAUUUGAAAGCAUUGGCUCUCUGAUGAUAGGCGUUUGUGAUGCCAUGUAGCUGCGGAUUAUCAGCCAACAGUCUCAUUGUGUUCUGCUUGGUUCCACUGCUGGCCCACAUGUUUUAUUGCUCCUGACAGGAACGUUUGAGAGCUACAGAAAGAUUUGAAGUCUCUCCAUCCUGGAAGUAGAAUGUGUUUUUGAUCACGCUUUUGUGAUCCAGGGACUUUACGAGGGCCAGCGUGUGCUGAUAUGUGGAGUGAUUGAUGAACAUGAGGAGAGACCAGACGGCUGGCAAAAGCCAGAAAGCACAUUCCACCUACACAUGAUGCAGCCGCGAGAGACAUGUUACACUGUUUGGGACCUGAGCCCAUUAAGAGUGUAGCUUUACCACAGUGAGCAAAGCAAAUGUGAACAGUGCAUUAUGUCUUUAUUGGGUCCAAUUUAUCACAUUUUUCUUUUUGUUUACUUGAAAAUGCUCUGAGAAUUCCACUGAACCUGCUUAAGUUUGUCUUUUUGUUUCCAUGUUGCCUUUUAUUUUGACAGUCCAUGCUACAUUUUUUUUGGUGUGACCUUUUUUUUUUUUCCUUAUCACACUACAUGCAGUGCUGAAAUGUUCCCUUGGCUGUUAAAGCUGAAUGAAUAAAUGUGUGUGUAUGUGUGUGUGUGCGUAUGUGUGUAAAGGGACUAAGCUACAGUAUUAAGUGCACACUACGAUAAUCAGUUGUAAAGCAAAAUGCUGUCUGGUUUUAUGUUGCUUUAUUUUUUCUGACAAUAGUAAUAAAAAGACCAUUGAAACAGC